GUGUGUGUGUGUGUGAGAGAGAGAGAGAGCGCGCGCGCGACUGGUGUCCCCUCGGAAGCGAGAGCUCUCAGAGAGGCGUCCUCCUGACCAGCACCAACUCAACUCAACUGCGCGUCUCCGCUCUUCUCGAACCCCGAGCCGCCAUGUGCCGCGCGCGCGCACACCCCUCGUUUUGGAUUUUACCUCUUCUCACCACGUCCUUGCUCGUUCCCGAGAGCCGCUCCGUUACCAGGAGGUUCUACGUGGGAAUUAAGGAGGAGAGAUGGGACUACAGCCCGAGUGGGAGAAACGCGCUCAGCGGAGAAUCCGUUCGCACAGAUGAACACGCGUCUGUUUUUCUGGAGAGGGGUCCCCACGCCAUCGGGAGCGUGUACAAGAAAGCCGUGUACACGCAGUACGCGGACGACAAGUACGCGGAGGAAGUGGCGAAGCCGCCGUGGCUCGGCUUCCUGGGCCCCGUGCUGAGGGCCGAAGUCGGCGACGUCAUCGUGGUCCACCUCAAGAACUUUGCGUCGCGCUCCUACUCCCUCCAUCCCCACGGCGUCUUCUACGAGAAGGACUCUGAAGGGGCUCUGUAUCCGGACGGGACCUCGGGCCGCUUCAAGCUGGACGACGCGGUGCCACCCGGCGGGAACCACACCUACCGGUGGGAGGUGACGCCCGAGUUCGCACCCGCGGACGGCGACGCCAACUGUCUGACGUGGGUGUACCACUCGCACAUCGACGCCCCGCGGGACAUCGCCUCCGGCCUCAUCGGGGCCCUCCUCACCUGCAGAAAAGGUUCCCUGCGGCUCAGCUCAGGAGAUCGCACCCAGCUGGAGAGGACCGACGUGGACCGGGACUUCUUCCUCAUGUUCAGCGUGGUGGACGAGAACCUCAGCUGGUACCUGGAGGAGAACAUCGAGACGUUCUGCUCGGACCCGGCGGGCGUCGACCCCGACGACGAGGACUUCCAGGAGUCGAACAAAAUGCACGCCAUCAACGGGUACGUGUUCGCAAAUCUGCCCGGUCUGGAGAUGUGCCUUAACCGCACCGUGUCCUGGCACCUCUUUGGCAUGGGCAACGAGGUGGACAUCCACUCGGCCUACUUCCACGGGCACACGGUGCUGCAGCAGGGUCACCGCGCAGACGUCCUCAGCCUCUUCCCCGCCACCUUCAUCACAGCAGACAUGGUGCCCCGAACCGUGGGCCGGUGGAUGCUGAGCUGCCAAGUGAACGACCACGUUCAGGCUGGGAUGCAGGCCUUCUACACGGUGUCGUCCUGCGGAGGGGAACACGACCAUGAAGCGCCCCCCGGUGGCAAAAAGAGGCAGUACUACAUAGCGGCCGAAGAGGUUAUGUGGAACUACGCUCCGCUUGGGAUCGACACCUUCCAGAACGUCUCGCUAACGUCCCCAGACAGCCACUCCGAAACGUUUUUCGGAAAGACCCACGGCAGACUGGGAGGGGUUUAUCAGAAGGCCCGCUAUGUGGAGUACACGGAUGAAACCUUCAGCACCAAGAAAGUGAGGGGAGCCACAGAGAGACACCUUGGGAUUCUGGGUCCAGUAAUCCGAGCGGAGAGCGGUGACCUCAUCGAGGUGACAUUCCUGAACAAAGCCAGCAGGGCGUACAGCAUUCAGCCCCACGGACUGCAGUACGACAAGGCGAACGAAGGCGCCCACUAUGGGGGGGACGCCAAGCAGCGGAGCUCCCAAGUGACUCCCGGCAAUAGCUUCACCUACCGGUGGAGGGUGGCAGAGGGUCCCGCCCCCAGCGACCCAGCCUGCAUUUCCUACCUGUACUACUCUGCUGCUGAUCCCAUCCAGGACACCAGCUCGGGCCUCGUGGGUCCGCUUCUCGUGUGCAAGGAGGGCUCGCUGGACGAGAGCGGAUCACAGAGGGAAGUAGACAGGGAGUUCUUCCUGCUCUUCUCCGUGCUGGACGAGAACCUCAGCUGGUACCUGGAGAACAACAUGAAGAUGUUCGGCAGCAGAGAGAGCGACUUGUACAACGCGGACUUUCAGGAGAGCAAUAAGAUGCAUGCCGUCAACGGCUUCAUGUACGGGAACCUGCUCGGUCUGGACCUGUGCGACGGGGAGCGGGUCGCCUGGCACGCCCUGGGGCUGGGCACGGAGGUGGACAUACAUGGCGUCUACUUCCAGGGCAACACCUUCCAGCGGGAGGGCGUGACGCGGGACACCCUCAGCUUGUUCCCACACACUACGGUGACCGUCUCCAUGGAGCCGGACAACGACGGCACCUUUGAGGUCAGUUGCCAGACUAGCGACCACUACCUCGGUGGCAUGAGGCAACACUACACGGUGAAGAAGUGCAGGGAGCAGGGUGGCUCCCCCGCAACUGGCUCCACCCCCACGGUGAGCUACUUCAUUGCCGCUGAGGAGCUGGAGUGGGACUACUCCCCGAGUCGCGACUGGGAGCUGGAGAAGCACAACUCCACGGUGGAGAACAGUCCUGGGAGCAUCUUUGUCCAGCAGGGAGCCAAUCUGAUUGGCUCCAAGUAUAAGAAAGUUGUGUUCAGGGAGUACACUGACGCCACCUUCAGGACAAGGAAGGAGAGACAUGCUCAAGAAGAACAUCUGGGCAUUCUGGGACCCAUCAUCAGGGCUGAGGUCGGGGAGAAGUUGCUGGUGAACUUCAAGAACAAGGCGAGCCGCCCGUUCUCCGUGCACGCUCACGGCGUGCGGACGAGCUCCGCUCACCUGUCGCCCGUUCAGCCAGGAGGAAUGAGACAGUACCGUUGGGACAUCCCAGAGAAAUCGGGCCCGGGAAUCUCGGACCCAAACUGCAUCGCCUUUGCGUACUACUCAACCGCCGACUUCGUCAAAGACACGGUCAGCGGGCUCAUCGGACCGUUGGUCAUCUGUCGAAAAGGGACGCUGGACAAGCAGCGCCGCCGGAGGGAUGUGGACCGGGAGUUUGCGCUGCUCUUCAUGGUGUUCGACGAGAACGAAUCCUGGUACCUGGACGAAAACGUGGAAACCUACCUGAAGAAGGACCCGGACGCCUUCGAGAUUGAUGCCGAGUUCGAGGAGAGCAACAAGAUGCACGCGAUCAACGGGAAGCUCUACGGCAACCUGCACGGUCUCACCAUGGUGGAGGGCGAGAAGACCGACUGGUACCUCCUCGGCAUGGGCAACGAGGUGGACAUGCACACCGUACACUUCCACGCUCAGAGCUUCAUCUACAAGACGGACAGGAUCCACCGUGCGGACGUCUACGACCUGUUUCCCGGAACCUUCCAGACCGUGGAGCUGGUUGCGGGGAACCCCGGGAGGUGGCUGCUGCACUGCCACGUCACCGACCACAUCCACGCUGGGAUGGAGACCACCUUCACGAUCCUCAGCAGGAAAGGAAGAGGGAGCUCUGUAUUUAAUGAUGCUCCGGUAUUGACCAGCGUCCUAUUUCCCCGAUGGGGAGAUCAUCUGGGAAGGGAGCUCACGCCGUUCUCACUGGUUGCUCUCGCACUGCUGACCUCCGAACUUUACUUCUGAGUCGCCUGCAAGCGAAGGAGAUCCGAACGUGAGCGUUACUGAGACGGCAGAGAAGCGUGGUAACGUUUACGGCGCAUCCGCGUUACGGGAAUCGUGUGCAUCGCCCGAAGAGUCCAGCUUCCAACAUCCAGAGCGCCCGGAGGAGGAGGAAAACGAUCCCGUCCGUCAGCACAUCCUGGAGUUACUCCUCCCUUGGCCCCCUUCUUCACGUCCGCCACUUUUUACCAUAUUUUACACUAGCGUCACCGGUGAGAUUUCACUGCGGCGCGAGGACGGCUGUCCGGCGAAUCCUGCGCUCAAAGCUGCCCUCGCAUAUUUUCCGCAGAUUUGUUUACAUGAUAUCCUAUGUAAUUAAUGAUUAAUAUAGAGAGUGAAAGAAAAGUGAUGCACAGAGAUUUAUAUUUUACAAAAGCUGGAUCUGAAAUGCACGUUGGGUUGGGGGGGGGGGGGGAAUAAAGACAUGUUGGUUUGUUCUUGUGUGUUUGUUGCCAGUAGAGGUGUCAUUAUUUACUAUUUAUAAAUCAUAACUUUUAGGGGGUUUGCUGGCAGUUGAGUCGUUUCCCAUAAUGCUCUGCGGCAGCAGGUACACCUGUCCCUCGCGCUUCUUAAGGUCGACUGGGAUAGAACGCUUACGCUCCCCUCCGUUUCCACUGAGAUGCGUUAGGAGAUGUUCCGGAUGCAUCGAGCACAAAUCGUCAGAAUUUAGCGGGAUCCUCAAUGUCUUAUGUCUUCAUAACCUUAAUGAAAUCACUCACCGUACCGGUUAAUUGUGAAGAAAACUGAACUGUACAUAAAUCAAAGGUCUUGCGUUCAAUCAGAUCUAUAACAACGUGUUUUUAUAUAUUGAAUGAGGUAUAUACGAUAAAUAUUGUAUCUGAUAUCGAUGAUGCUUUUUUUGGGUUUAAGGAUCUGGUACGAAAAUAAACGAAUGAACGAUGAUGGAAAAGGAGCCUGAGCGCU